AUGUGCUACUAUGGCAGCUACUAUGGGGGCCUGGGCUAUGGCUAUGGCUCUGGUUAUGGCUGUGGAUGUGGCAGCUACUGUGGCCUAGGCUAUGGCUAUGGAGGCUGUGGCUAUGGGAGACUAGGCUACGGUGGCUAUGGCUAUGGCUGUUGUCGCCCAUCUUGCUGUGGAAGCUACUAUGGGGGCCUGGGCUAUGGCUACGGCUCUGGUUAUGGCUGUGGAUAUGGCUGCUUCCGUGGUCUAGGCUAUGGCUAUGGAGGCUGUGGCUAUGGAGGCCUGGGCUAUGGAGGUUAUGGCUAUGGCUGUUGUCGGCCAUCUUGUUGUGGAAGGUUUUAUUCUUAUGGCUUCUACUGA